AUGGAGGACACGUCGCGGGCUUGUCGAAUAUGCCUGGACGGCCCGGAACCCGGUAGAGAACUCAUCGAGCCCUGCGCUUGUCGGGGUUCUAUGCGUUGGGUUCAUGCUGACUGCUUGUCUGAAUGGUGGCAACACAGGGCAGGAGGACUCUAUGAUGCUCCUGCAGCUGCCGUAAAGUGCGACAUCUGUCACGAAGUCCUGGCGCAGACGGUGCAUGAGACAGCUGCGUGGCGAACUCGUUGUCUGCGAACCAUGCGAGGCUGUGUCUCCGAAUGCUGCAAGGCUCCAUUCGCAGAUUUUCCUGACAAUCUUCGGCAGAGAGUACAAUAUUUGAGAAGGAACAAGUUCACAGUCAUUAUGACAUGUCUGCUGUUCUGGUGGGGUGUGGCUGUGACGUACCGGCCGCUCAAGCCCACAGCGCCACCGCCACCCUACGUGCUGGAGCUUAUAGGAAUGGGGCAGUGGUUUUUUCCUGCGGGCCUGUGGUUGGGUGUCAUCAUGUUGGUAGCAUCUCCGACCUUGCGUCAAUGGGACACAGAGCAUCGCUUGCAUUGGAUGCUCCGACAUCUGAUUCUUGACCACGGCCAGGACCAGCACAUUCUGUUGUCAAUUUCUUUUAUGAUUUCCUUUGGGUUUGUGACGGCCUUAAUAAAGCCGCCGACUUCCUUUACAAGCACUCUUGCAGUGCUGUUUCCGGCUGUGCCACUGUUGUACCUCAAACUCAAGACGGCGAACUGGCAUCAGACCAGAGAUCGGGUUUGGCCUCCCCAUGAGCAGCUGCUCCAUGUGCAGACCCAUGCUCCGUGGAUAAGUGUGACGCUUGCAUUAACCAUCAGCUUCUUCAUCAACUUCUCCGGAUGGUUGUUUAUGAGCUGGCUUACCAUAAGUCUCGUGCCUAUGCCCGAUGCGCAGCGAGAGCGAGUUAUACAGCAGCAAGAGACGGACGCUAAGCUGUUUGGAGCCGUUGCAGCAGGCGGUGGCAUCACCGCCGUUCUGCACUUUCCGCUGAUCUUGCGUAGUAUUGUCGCGUCUUUGCAGCUGGAGCAGGAGGACAUGACUGCAUGGCAGGUCGAGAGGUGGUCUCGCAUGGGAGCGUCGGCCCUUUUCACCGCUGCUGUUUGCCUGCUCUGGCUUGCCGCCAGAGGCUUGUCCUACUCGAUCUGCAUCGUCUUCCUGUGGGCCAUGGCCAUCGUCUUCCUCACCAAGCGUUUGGGCAUCUCCUCUUUCGAGAAAUGCCUGCAGUUCGCCUCUUCCUCCUAUGAUGCUUUGC